GCCAAUAAACCUCCUAGUGUGAGCAAGUUUAGUUUCACCAUCCCCAGAGCUCUUUCUGCAGGGUCCCGGCUGGCAAAGAAGCGUGCUCUUACAGAGGCUGCUCAUCAGAAGAAGUGCAUCUAGGAAUGGCCUCCCAGACGAUCGUGACGAUCCAGCCACAGUAUGGCAUGCCCGCUGCCUCGAGGUGCAUUUGGCAGACGGGGCUGAUGGACUGCUGCUCGGACUGCGGCGUCUGCUGCUGUGGGAUGUUCUGCUUCCCCUGCCUCGCCUGCCAAGUGGCCGGGGACAUGAACGAGUGCUGCCUGUGUGGGACCAGCGUGGCCAUGAGGACCCUCUACCGCACCAGAUACAACAUCCCGGGGUCCAUUUGCUCUGACUUCUGUGUCACCUUGUGUUGCCCCGUGUGCUCCGUUUGCCAAAUGAAGAGAGACAUCAACCGCAGGAGGGAGCAGGGCAUAUUCUGAUGGAUCCACGCUGCAUCCUGUGGAGCUGCUGGCAGGAGUUGCCACUGGCUUGGCUCUUGGGAAAUGCUCCAUGUGGGGCUUGCCUUGAUUCAGUUGAUUUCCCCUUCCCUGAGUAACACCAGCAAUAAAGUUUUGAGUUUGUCUUCCUA